AUGAAGCAGCUGCAGCAACAGCAACAACAUCCAAAGGUGCCAGCACCCUGUACAGGAAGCAUCGACGUCCAGAAAAGGGCUUUGUUGAGGCGAAAGCGUAAGUAUUAUAAGAAGAAAGGACCGGGAGGAACAAGCGACUACUACAAGGAGGUUGUAAUUCGAAAAAAUGAUGAUGCGAGGAGACGUUUUUCACGGGACAGCAGCGCGCAGUCAUUCCAAUCACCGGAGCUUGUGGAAGAAGUCGAGAAAUAUCAGCGUAUACGAAAAUACAAGAAACGGGAAAAGGAAAAAGCGCGAAAAGAACAUGUCGUGGAACCAGAUGUGGAUUUACCAGAUCUGGAAAGUGUCAGCAGCGAGGAGACCAUAGGAAACAGCGGCCAACAGCAGCAGUCGAGAUCACAGGCACAUCAUUUUUUUACUUGUUUAAAUUAUCAAUUUGUCAGAAAUAAUGAAUUGAUGGAGCAGGGGACGGCGGGGAGAGGAGGGGAGGGGGAGGGGAGUGGGAGGAGAAAUGGACUUGAAUUAUGCCAAAAGCAAAAAAGAAUAAUGAAAACAACCAGGCCUUGGCCGAUGCUUGGCGCAUUCACGAGCGCGUCUCCAUAGUG